GUGAGUUAGUGGAUGGCUGAAAGUUGGCUUGACCAUUGAGUUGCUGAAAUGUUUUGCUGCUUUAGAGCCGUGAAAAGGUUAUGUCUGGAGAAGAUAUUGCUGCAAAGCAUUCUGCAGUCAAGAACUUUGUCAGGAGCUGAUGCCAUCAAUGCUCUCAGACCUUUCUAUUUUGCUGUGCAUCCAGAUUUCUUUGGCCAGCAUCCCAAAGAGAGGGAAGUAAAUGAAAACUCUCUGAAGAGGUUAAAUGGCUACUUGGAGAAUCUACAGAAACCAGGAUUUCGCUCCUUUAAGCCAACUCAGCUUACUUUUUAUGUAAGAGAAAGAGAACCAAACUCUUCUAAUGUUCAAGAAUCCUUCAGUGCUUCAGGGUUUCGAGCAGUCAGUUUUACAUUACAUACUAGGGAUCUCCUGAGCACAGUAUUAGAUAUUCUCAACUCCUGCAGUUUAUCUACGGAGCAUGUUCAAAGUUUGAAUGUGAACUCUCAGCCCCACAAGGAAGCAAAAGGCACACUCAACAGACCUAUCAAAUGGGAUAAGACUUACUAUUCAUUUACUGGAUUCAAGGACCCUGAGGAGGAACUAGAACAAGCCCAGAGAGUGGAAACAACUUUAAUAUCCUGGCUAGAUGAUAAUGAAGCAAGUGCAGUAAAAAAGCUGAAAAAGAGUUUGCCACUUAGAAAAGAACUAGAACGUUUAAAAUUUGAACUUUCUCAUCAACUCCAGCUCUCAGAUAUCAGGUGGCAGAGAAGCUGGGGUAUUGCUCACCGCUGUAGCCAACUACACAGUCUAGGUCGCUUGGUCCAACAGAGACCUGAAGUAUUAAAGAAUGUUAAAGGACGCACGGUAGUAUUUACAGACCGUUCAGGUAUGAGCGCAGCAGGCCACAUAAUGCUGGGGACCAUGGAUGUUCACCAUCACUGGACCAAAAUUUUUGAGAGAUUGCCAAAUUAUUACAAACUUCAAAAAAGGCUACUGUUCUUGGAAGAUCGGAUAAGCCAACUUCUGGGAGGCAUACAAGUAAUAUAUAUUGAAGAACUGCAACCCCUAUUGACUCUAGAAGAGUACUACGAGACUCUGGACUCUUUCUAUAAUAAAUUACGUGACAGUAGACUACCUUUUCAUCCUCGCAGUCUGCGAGGCUUGCAAAUGAUUCUGGAAAGUGACAGAUAUGCACCAAGCUUACAUGAAUUUGGACACUUUAUGAUCCCAACAGUUUGUGAUCCAGCAACCCUUCAAUGGUUUAUUUUUGCCAAAGCACAGGAAGCAAGAGAGAAUCUGAAAAGAAAGGAAGAGAUGAUGAUUACAGAAAAAGAGCUCAUCGAUACUUCCACUGAAAAAUUUUCUUUGGAUCGGCUGUAUAAGGAACCCAGUGUUUCCAGUGCACAGAUGAUAGAUUGUUGUAAGCGACUGCUGGAAGAAUCAUUGCCAUACCUACAAGGCAUGCACCUUUGCGUUUCGCACUUCUACUCUGUGCUGCAGGAUGGAGACCUGUGUAUACCUUGGAACUGGAAAAACUGAGGACAUAUCUGAUAGUCAGAUGAAUUGUUUAUUUUCUGUAAGAGGCUAUAAAUAUGAAUGUUUUUAAGAGUAAAUUAUUUAAAUCUGUAUUUUGAUAUCAGUAUUCAACCCACAAAUUUUCUUUAACUGCUACUCAAAAAGGAUUGGAGUCCUUGACGAUUUGCACAAUGCGCAGUAUUGCCGGUUCUAGGAAAGACACCUGUACAUUCUCCAUACUACUGUAGGAGUCCCAGUGUAUGGUAGCAGUUGUGAAACCACAUUUUUGUAGUGAAUGAUGAAAAUAUAUUAAAUUGCAAGUCUGCAAAAA